AUGGAAUACCAAGAAGUUCAACCGUAUAAUAAUUUUGAGAAUUCAAAUGCUGAAAUAUCCCAUACACUUCUAUGAAGCUAUUUAACUUUAUUUCAAUUAAAUAGUGUAGCACCACUGAAUAUACAAGUUCCUGAAACAAUUAUUAUUGGGUUUAAGUUUCCCAGCAAUGCUUAUAUGCACAAUAAACUAAAUGGAGAUUUAUGUUUUGAGAGUUUAUUAAACGAAGAAGGAAUUCACUCAAUUGCUAAAAAAUGAGGCAAAGCUGCAGAAAACACUUCAAACCCUGUUGCUGAGGCUAAAUAUAUGGUAAAUUCAACAAUUCAGUCCUAUUCGUUAAUUUCAGAAAAUUCCAUAGUGAGCGAAUCGACAUAUUUGCAAUUUCGAAAUAAAAUUAUUCAGCAAUACAUUUCAAGUGAAAAUUUAAUAAAAACAAACUGAAACAGGAAAAAAAAAACUUUCGAAAUUGAGCAUUGUAAUUUCCAGCCAAAAUUUAAUUUAAAGUUGAGUUCAACCUCUAGAAACUCUUUACCGAAUAUCCGAGCACAAAGCCCUACACCAACUCUACAAAAUAAAACGAUGAAGAAUGGCUUAGGUAGGUUGGAUAAAGAAAGGCUUAACUCCAGAAACAAAAAGUGUGUUCAAUAAAGGCGAUUAUUUUUUUUUAGAAAAAUAAUUUUCUAUAAAACAAUUUAUUAAUUUAAAGUGCUAGCUUUGUUGAAAUAGUAGUCAUAAAAUAAAAUAGCAUUUGAUUAAAGAGAAAUUAGUUUUGCUGAUUUUCUCUCCCUUAUAGAAUUUAUUUAUGGAGGUUUUUUUUCGACCGAGAACUUCUGUGCAGCAAAAGCGUUAAAUUUGGAAUAACCAGAGUAACUACUCCUCAGUGCAGACUUAGGCACAUCUGAGGAGGUUGACUCUUAGGCGGGACAUGCUCCAGGAGCUGAGUCAGGCAGCAGCAACAGUAGCGCCAGAUGUGAAGCGUUGAUCAGGGUGGUUGAUCGCUUAUUUGGGAUGGUCUGCCCUUCUCGGUCAAAAAUGCUUGUGGCGUCACCAUUUUGGCUCUGUCCCAUGAGUUGGAGUGUAGCGUUAGACGCCUUAAACACUUUAAUUAAUAUAAUGUUUUAAUAGUAUUUCUUGCACUAACCCUUUAAAAACAAAUUAUAUGCAAAUUUUGAUUUUGAGGAGUAUCAAAACAUAAUUUUUGUUCUAAUUUAAAGAGCCAAGUAAUAGAAAUUUUAAAGAUAUUUUGCUCAAUUUAGAGAAUGCUAGUAAGGAAAAUUCUUUUUAUUUAAUCCAAAAGCUUUAUUAUUUUUUGAAAAAAUUCAAAAAAGUAAAGCUUGACGCUUUGAGUUUAGUUUUUGCGAAAAGUUAUAAUAGAGAUUGAAUGCUGAUGUAUAUAGAUAGUAUAAAAUGCCGAAAGAUGGCUGGAAGGCCAAAAUUUUUGCCACUUGUUUUGAACUCUCCUUGCCAAAUCGUACACGUUUCACCUUUUGAAACUGGAAUCGAGGAUAAAGAAGAAGAAAUCAGGUCUUUACUAGAAGAAGUCAAAAUUUUACAAGAGAAAAUGAGCGAGUUGAUAAUAAACGAAGAAAAAGAGCAAGUAAGAGAAGACAAAAAAGGAAAUUUCGCAAUUUUUAUACGAGCACUCAAAGGAAAACGAACCACAAAACCAAGAGACCCGACACAUCCUACAGCAAAAAUGAUACCAUCUCAUGAGAAAUGGAUUGAAGAUGAACUUUCUCGAGUUGCAAAUCUAUUAGAUGGCUUUAAAAGCAGCUCAUUGUCAUCUUUCUUUAAUUAA